AUGGACAUGUCAGGAAUGUCCGGAAUGGGCGGGAUGGACAUGUCCAGUGCGGGCAUGUUCACGCCCACGAAUAAAAAGGUGGCGCAUUUGUAUUGGUAUUUGGUCAGUGCGGUGGUCGGUGUACUUGUCUUUCGGAGAGUGGUAGAUCGAUCCAGAGUUCUCUUGAGUAAACGAAAAUCCCAGCGCCGACCGGGCCAGAUUCCAGGGCGACCGCAAAAUGCCCUCGAGCAACUCUACGACACCACCAUAGCCGUCUGCAGGGAGUUGGCGUAUCCUCAACUGUGGACAUGCACUGGCAAAUUUAGCAAAUAUUUCACUCCCCCGUCCUUGGGGAGAUGUCUCCUUCUUCUCACCUACUGGGCCGUCAUUCUGACAAUGCUGUGGUCGAAUGUUCUCCUGACUCCCUCCUCGCCCAACUACGCCUACAAGUGGGAGAUUGUGGGCUUCCGUGCUGCCUGGGUCUCAGUUACCCAGCUACCCUUGAUCUACAUUUUGUCUGGAAAAGCCAACAUCAUCACCAUCUUGACCGGUAUCUCAUACGAGAGGCUCAACUGGCUGCACCGUUGGGUCGCCCGCACUAUUUUCCUGACCGUCAUCGUCCAUUGGUCUUACUUCUUCACCGAGUGGUCUAUCGCCGACUUUGUCAGCUUGGAAUUGAAAUGGAUGCCCAUGGUCAAAUAUGGAUUUGGUGCCUGGGCAACAAUCGGUUGGAUGGUGAUUACCGGAUUUGGCUUUUUCCGGAAUCUCUCGUAUGAGCUCUGGUUUCUGCAGCAUCUCGCGGCAGCCCUGGUCCUGUUGUGGCUGGUCCAUACCCACGUCCCUUCUUAUGCGGAAUACAAUGUGUGGUUUGCGAUCGGCGUUGUUGUCUUUGACAGGCUCGUCAGGACAGUCAUGUCUUUGGUGAUCAAUCUACAUCUCAUUCCCAGCAAAAGAGACGGCGUUCCAUCUGGUCGACGCAUCGGAUAUCAAGCCGAGGUCAAGGCUCUUUCAGGCGAAUUUUUGCAGGUCAGAGUGCGCAAUGUCGCCAUGUCGUGGCGGCCAGGUCAGCACGUGUACCUGUCCAUUCCUCGGGCCGGCAUCAUCGAAGCACAUCCCUUUACCAUUGCCAGCAUCCCAAAAUCGAUAACCGGAGAAAAUGGGCCGAACAAUGUUGACCUAUACGUGCGAGUGCACAACGGAUUCACCAAAAGGCUAUACCGUCAAUGUCAAAACCAGCUGACAUCACGAACCUUCCUGUCGUUCAUAAGCGGACCAUGGGGGAACCCUCCCUCUGUCGAACGAUUUGAAUCAAUGGUCUUUGCGGCUACGGGCAAUGGCGUGUCCUUUACGCUGCCUCUUUUUCAACAAGCUGUUCUCACGAAUAAUAAUAUUAGACAGAUUUCCUUCAUUUGGAUCUUUCGACAAGCAGAGCAGCUCGACUGGUUCAAGGAGGAGUUACUCUCAGCCUGGAUGGCAGCCCGACGGCGAAAUAUCAGAAUAAACAUAUACGCUUUCAUCACGGGAAGUGGACAGUCUCGAAGCGUGUCGCUAUCAGAGAGCAAUGCACUGCUCGAGCAGACAUUGGAUCCAGACCAUUCAAACACAGAAAAGAUGGCCAAUGGCGUGCCGUCCAUGGACAAAAUACCAAGAACCAUCAAGCUGUCCAUGGAGAAAAGGGAAGUAGGGAGUGUGAGCGAGAACUCAGUCUCGUCGUCCUCUUCACUGAACGAGCAGCCCCUCAUACAGCUCGGCUACGGUCGCCCACACUUUGACUCUCUCAUCCAUCCCAUGGUGGAAGCGGCAUGGGGCGAGACGGGAAUCCUCGCCUGCGGUGGCAGCCACUUUUCCGGGCAAAUAAGGAACUAUGUUGCCAAGCUGUCUGACGAGAGAGCCGUCCAUAAAGGAACGGGCGCUCAAGGUAUAUAUCUUUUCUGUGAGACUUACGGAUGGUGA